AUGGAGAAUUUAAUCAAAGUUCAGAUGAAUCUUUAUGAUCGAAUGUCAAAGGCUUUACAUAACUAUAAAAAAUCUCCUAAAGAUCGUAUAACUAAACAAUAUCUUGAAACUAGAAUGGAAGUUUUGGAUGGGUUUUGGUCUCAAAUUAAUGAUAAUCAUAGUAAUAUCAUUAAUAUGUCCAAAGGGUUAACCGAACCAUAUUUCAAUGAGGAUAUCAUAGGAAACAUUGAAAAUUUAUAUCUUGAAUACAAAACUAUCUUAAAACUUGCUUUUUCAUCUUUACAAGGUACCAGUAAGGAUAAUUCUAAUGUAAAUGUUCCUAGUUUUAAUAUAAAAUUGCCGCGAAUAGUUAUUCCAACAUUUAGCGGUCAGUAUUCAGAAUGGACUACUUUUAGAGAUCUUUUUGUUUCACUUGUCCAUUCCAAUAGUCAAUUAGAUAAUGUUCAGAAGAUGCACUAUCUGAAAGGAUAUUUGUCCGGUGAAGCCGAACAGCUUCUGAGACAAAUACCCAUAGCGGAUUCAAAUUAUGAGAGAUGUUGGUCUUUACUUAAUUCUAGAUAUAAUAACAAAAAAUACUUGUCGCACUUUAUUCUAAAACGUUUAUUAAGUCAAAAAAACAUUACAUGUGAAUCGUCUUAUGGUUUAAAAAAUUUAAUUGAUACUACAAAUGAUUGUUUGAGUUCACUGACUAACUUAGGCAUAGACGUAAGUACCUGGGAUAUCAUUAUUAUUCACAUACUUACCUUGAAACUCGAUCCGGAGUCCAGAAAGCAGUGGGAAUUCUCUGUAACUAAUAACAACACUUCUGAUGAAUUACCUACAUUUAAACAAUUUACAGAAUUUCUAACCAACCGUUAUCGUGAUUUAGAGUUUUUAGACUCAAAACCAACACCUGUAAAUCGAAAUAUUAAUGUCCAAAAUAACAGUAAUAAUACUUCUAAAGUAAAUACGCUUAAGACUUUUCAUGCUUCUUCAUUUAAAAAUCAGUGUGCAUUUUGUAAGGAUAAUAAUCAUAGUAUUAUAAAUUGUACUCUUUUUUCUCGAGAAACUGUAGAAGCUCGACGCAAUUUUGUCCAUAACAAUAACUUAUGUUUCAAUUGCUUGGGAGGGAACCAUUCAGCAAAAUUUUGCCGAAACUUAAAAACAUGUCGCAUAUGCAAAAGGCAACACCAUUCCCUAUUGCAUCCAAGUAAUAAAGGUACUGCUGAGACAAACCCCGUCAGUACAAAGAAUAGUAAUACACUGCCGCCUAGAGAGGUUACUUCAUCGUGUUCGGAAGUUGAAACACCCGUACACGUAGCGGGAAAUUCGACUCCAUUAGCCACAUUAUUUUCUACAGAACAAGCUCGUAGUCAAGUAUUGUUGGCUACUGCGUUAGUCAAGGCCGCGUCGAAGACUGGAGAACAUGUUAUUAUUAGAGCGUUGUUGGAUCAAGGAUCACAGGCAUCGUUUGUUACAGAAGCAACUGUUCAGUACCUAGGAUUAAGGAAAAUACCCAUAACAGAACAUGUAUCGGUGCUAGGAGGUGAUAAUAAAUUAUCUCCAAAAACAAUGGUGUUAAUAAAUCUCAAAUCCUUGGUUGACCCAUCUUAUGACAUCAAUGUGAAGGCUUAUGUUUUAAAAACAAUCACUAGUCUUCUACCAAGUAGGAAGCUAGAUAUAUUGGAAUGGCUCGAAACUCUUGAGAUAGAGUUGGCAGAUCCGAAUUAUCGCACACCUAAUAAAAUUGAUAUUUUAUUGGGUGCUGAGGUUUACGGCAAGGUAAUUCGAGAAGGUAUUAAAAGGGGUCCUCAGGGUUCACCGGUAGCGCAAUGUACAUCUUUUGGAUGGAUUGUGUCUGGUGAGAUAAAGGCAGCAGAUAGAGAUAUCAAAUUAAAUGAAUAUAAAACUUUUCACUGUCGGACGGACGAGAAUGAUAUGCUCAAACGUUUUUGGGAAUUGGAGUCGGACUUGGAACUAACAAAGCACCAAACAAUGUCAGACGAGGAACUAAUUUGCGAAAAACUAUUUAAUAGUACUACUAAAAGGAAUGAAGACGAAUUUUGUAAUAAAUAUGAAGCAGUAAUGGAAGAGUACUUACAUCAUGGUCAUAUGGAACCAGUACCUAUAUCGGAAGAAAAUGUAUCAAAUGCAGUUUACUUACCUCAUCACGCAGUAGUGCGAGAUGAUAAGGAUACCACGAAGCUAAGGGUUGUAUUUGAUGCAUCUGCAAAGGGGAAAAAUGAGGUUUCAUUAAAUGAUUGCUUGUUGAUAGGCCCAAGUCUUCAACCAGAUCUACGGCACAUUUUGAUGCGUUGGAGGAUACAUCCUAUUUGCCUAGUAGCUGACAUUGAGAAGAUGUACCGGAUGGUCAAUGUAGCAAGAGAGCACGUUGAUUUUCAGCGUAUAAUCUGGAAGGAUAAUAAAUCAGGUGAAGACAGAAUUUUCAGACUUCUUACUGUUACAUUUGGCACGGCUUCUGCACCAUAUCUUGCAAUAAAAGCACUUCAGCAAGUUGCAAUCGAUGAAGGCAUCAAUUACCCUUUAGCAGCAAAGGUGACUUUAAAUGAUUUUUACGUUGACGAUCUGUUGAGUGGAUGCGAAUCUGUAGAGCAAGGGCUUAAGUUAUACAACGAGAUGAAUGCUAUGCUGAGCAAGGGUGGUUUUAAAUUACAUAAAUGGUCAAGCAAUAGCAAUACAAUGUUAGAAAGCAUAAAGGGGGUAAAUAGUAACGAAGAAACAAUAGAAGGAAUACAUCUUAAACUAGAUAAUGUAUUAAAAAUAUUAGGAAUUACCUGGGACCGCAGCAGUGACUCCUUCGUGUACUCGGUGAAUCUUCCAGAGAUGCAGCAACCUGUAACAAAAAGAAAAAUAUUAGCUGAUGUGGCACGUCUAUACGAUCCGUUGGGUUGGAUAGCGCCAACCAUUGUACUAGCAAAAGCAAUGAUUCAAAAGCUAUGGUUGGCCGGGUUGACUUGGGAUGAGAUAGUGCCCACAAACUUAAUGGACGAAUGGAUCACUUACCGUGAUAAGUUAAAAGGGUUAUCAGAGUUUCGCUUACCUAGAUGGUUGGGUACUACUUCUAAUAAUACCACGGUGGAAUUGCAUGGAUUUUGUGAUGCCUCCAAGAUGGCCUAUGCAGCAGCUAUUUACAUUCGUGUAAUUAAUCCAAACGGUUUUAUUCACAGCUCACUUAUUGCAGCAAAAACAAAGGUAGCCCCAGUCAAGCAGGUGUCUAUUCCAAGGCUGGAAUUAUGUGGUGCCGUUCUACUUACCAGAUUGAUUUUAGAAGUAGCUGAGGUCAUGAAUAUUCCGAAGGCAAAUCUGCAUGCAUGGACUGAUUCAACAAUCGUUCUUGCGUGGCUCAACAGCCAUCCCAGUCGAUGGAAAGUGUUCAUCGCUAACCGCGUUUCCGAAAUUUUAUGUUCAUUGGACUCACAUCAAUGGGCACAUGUAAUAUCCAAACAGAAUCCAGCAGACUGCGCCUCAAGAGGUUUACAACCUUCUGAAUUAACACAUAAUGAAUUGUGGUUAAAGGGACCUGAAUUUCUUACUGAAGGUACAAUACAAUAUGCGAAACCUAAGGAUAUCAGCACUGACUUAGAGGCAGUAAAGACACAUUGUGCUGUAGUUAACACUCCUUUCAUUGAGAGGUUUUCUUCUCUUACGAGAUUAACUCGAGUUAUAGCUUAUUGUCGUCGUUUCAUUGCUAAGACUAAACGAUCCAAAGAUAUUGAAACCACUUACCUUUCGAGCGAAGAAUUAGCCGCAGCGCUAGAGGUGUGCAUUCGAUUUGUUCAACAGGAAUACUUUAAGGAAGAAUUGUCUGCAAUAUAUCAAAAUAAGACUUUAAGUAAGAAAAGCAAACUCUUUUCUUUAAAUCCGUUUCUCGAUGAGAAACAAUUAUUACGAGUUGGGGGCAGAUUGGAGCAAUCCAAUUUAAGCAGGGAGAGAAAACACCCAAUUCUGUUGCCACGGACAUCUAGUUUGUCGAAACUAAUUGUUGAAAACGCACAUAAAUGUACAUUACAUGGGGGACAUCAAUUGGUGUUGAAUUUUUUGCAAUCCAAAUACUGGAUUUUAGGGGCAAAACAGCUAGUAAAGGCUACCACAAGAAAUUGCAUAACCUGUGUAAAAAAUGCUGCUAUCACCAAAAAUCAAAUGAUGGGACAGCUUCCUACAGCCAGAUCCACACCAUGUCGUCCGUUCAAACGCAGCGGAGUGGAUUACGCGGGUCCCAUUCACUUAAGAACUUCUAAGGGUCGGGGACAUCACUCUUAUAAAGGAUACAUAUGUUUGUUUGUCUGUAUGUCCACAAGGGCCAUACAUUUAGAAGUUGUAAGCGACCUCACCGCUCAAGCUUUCUUACAAGCUUUUAAACGGUUUGUUGCUCGCAGAGGCCAUUGCCAAGAUAUCUGGAGCGACAAUGGAACUAGUUUCACGGGGGCAGCUGCAGAACUAAAGAAAAUGUUCGCUUCUGAAGCUGCAGGAAUAUUUAAGGAGGUAGCGGAAUCAUUGGCUAUAAAUGGAACAAACUGGCAUUUUAUCCCUCCCCAUUCACCUAAUUUCGGCGGUUUGUGGGAAGCUGGUGUAAGGUCCGUCAAAUUCCACUUAAAAAGGGUAAUCGGCGAUUCUACUCUAACUUUUGAAGAGAUGUCGACAGUCUUGGCACAAAUCGAGGCAUGUUUAAAUUCUAGGCCACUUUGUGGUGUUACUGACGAUCCGAAUGUUGAGGUUCUGACACCAGCUCAUUUUCUUGUGGGCGAAUCCUUGGUUACACCACCCGACUAUAAUUACGAGCACGAUGGAGUAGCGUCUCUUCGAAGGUGGCAGUAUACACAACGAAUGCUUCAAUCUUUUUGGCGAAAAUGGUCUCAGGAAUAUCUAACCAAAUUCCUACACAGAUAUAAAUGGGCGACUCCAUCUUCAUCACCUGCCGUUGGUGAUAUUGUAGUAGUAAAGGAGGAUGGUUUGCCUCCUUGCAGAUGGUUAUAUGGUAGAAUUAUUGAUACUCACCCAGGUUUGGACAACGUUGUUCGGGUAGUCACGAUUAAGACGAAUAAGAACACUGUAUUAAAAAGGCCAACAUCAAAACUAUGUAUUUUGCCAAUUGAAAAAUAA